AUGACCGAGAAUGACAGGGAACUGCCGCUGAGCUCACUCCUUCCCACUAUCGCCUCCAAAAAACGGCGCGGGAUCCGCCUACGGCGAAACCCUCCUCCUCCUCUCCCCGAUCAAUUCAGCAAACUGAUUGACGAUCUCAUCAUCGAGAUCCUGAUUCGCCUCCCAAACCCUAGAUCCUCCUGCCGCUGCAAACCCGUCUGCAAGCGGUGGAGAUCCCUAAUCUCCGACCCCACCUUCAAUCGCCGUUUCGUUUCUCAUCACCAGAAUAGGUACCGACCAGCUUCGCUGUUCCUCCCCGCACACGACCCCGACUCCGUCCUCGACUUCCUCCCCGUGCCCGACGAAGCUCGACGGAAAUUGAGAGUCUUCGAUUGCUUCCAGGACUUGCUCUUGUGCGGGUUUGUCAAAUUCACUUGCGAAUUGCGCAGAUCGUACUUCAUCUGCAAUCCGUUUACGAAGCAGUGGAUCGCCCUCCCCCUGCAGCCCGAAUUGCCACCGCAUAUUGAAUCGGCAGCAGGGUUAGUUUGUCGAGCCCGUUCUUGUUGGAGUAAUUACAAUCUUGUGCAGCAGCAGCAGCAGCAGCUAGGAGGUGAACCAGAACCACCGCCCUUUGUUUGUUAUUCGGAGUAUCGUUUCCGCGUGGUGUGUCUUUUCCAGCUUCCAUUGAGCUGUCAAGUACUGCUGGUGUUCUGUUCCGAGUCUGGGAAGUGGAAGGAGAUGAAUCUUGAGCACUACGCUAAAGUGCCGCUGGGCAAUGCGCUCACAUGGAACGGGAAGUUGUUUUGGGUGCAGUAUGACCUCAAUAACUAUUGCUCUGUGUUCGCUAUGUAUGAUCCUUUCCGCCCUUAUAAACUCCCUGGAUGGAAAAAUGCACCUUAUAGUUUGUGGAGGUAUUUGAGCAAUGGAGAUGGAAAUGGGAAUUUCUCAAUCUCACAGGGUGCUUUACACAUAAUUGUACUCGAAGCUGGCCGUCCAGAUAAAGUGUUGAGUGUUUGGAGACAAGUAGAAGAUCGUUGGACCUUACAAUAUAAAACGGUGUUGAAGACGACAUCGCCAUCGUUUUGGGGCGACUAUAAACUCAAGCAUUGUUCUGUGAUGGAUCUGCACCCGGAGAAGCCGGAAGUUGUCUUCUUCCAGUACCGGGAGUAUCCUGAAUGCAUCUUAUCCUGCAAUUUGAAGACGGGGAUGGGAGAGCCGGAGUUCUUUUCUCCGGCGGAGUUUUGUACGAGUGAUCCCUGUUGGAGGGCGUUGCGGCCUAGAGUCUCCUGCUGGCCUACUCCGAUUCCGAGGUACGAGGAGUUGCGAGGUUUGUACGAUGGAAGCUACGAUUGUUGGGUUCAGCACAACAACGAUCAUACGACAACCCUUCCAUCAACAACGAUUGGUAAGCACUUCGAAUUCGCCUUUUUCCCCAGCCUGCCAUUUUAUCGAUUUCUUUAUGUGGUGUGGGUUCUUAUAUUUUGCUUCCCAUCUCUCAAUUAUGUGAAGAAUACCAACCCUUAG